AUGGCUCCCAGCAGAGCUCUCCGACGAGCCUUCGCGGGCCGGCCUGGAUGCACCGCAGCACCAGGCCUCCUCCUUCGGCCCCAGUCCGAGCCGUCGUUCAGGUCGGGCCGAUGGUUCGCGUCCGCCAGGGAGUCGUCAACAAACUCCCAGACAAGCAAGAUAGCCCCGCUGGAGGGUGUCAGGGUGCUGGACAUGACGCGAGUGUUGGCCGGUGUGAGUUCCCCAUUUGUUGCAGUACCACCCUUUGCUUGCUUGAGCAGUUGGUCGUUGGUCGGUGGUCUAGGAAAGAGACCCGAAGAAGCCAUCGAGUUGAUGGGAAGCGCGGAAAUCAUCAAGAUCGAGCAUCCCACUCGAGGCGAUGACACCAGGGCCUGGGGGCCGCCGUACGCGAAGUAUAAAGACGAUGCCCUUGCAAAGAGCGGCAAGCCGGGGGAGAGUGCAUAUUUCAUCGGUACGCUGAAAUGGGGAUUCGAUCGCUGUUUCCAGGUCAACCGCAACAAGAAAUCCGUCGGGCUCUCGUUCCAGCACCCCGAGGGCGUCAAGAUCCUGCACGAGCUGGCCAAGACGUCGGAUGUGUUGGUGGAAAAUUACAUUCCAGGGGCUCUGAAAAAGUACCAGCUGGACUACGAGUCGAUACGGAAGAUUAAUCCUCGCCUCAUCUACGCCUCCAUCACCGGCUACGGCCAAUACGGGCCCUACAGCCCCCGGGCGGGCUACGACGUGAUGGUGGAGGCGGAAAUGGGACUGAUGCACAUCACGGGCGAACGGGACGGGUCCCCUGUGAAAGUGGGCGUGGCAGUGACGGACCUGACCACGGGCCUGUACACGUGCAACGCGAUCAUGGCGUCCUUGUUGGCCCGCCAGCGGACGGACCGGGGCCAGCACCUGGACGUGGCGCUGGCGGACUGCCAGGUGGCGACGCUGGCCAACAUCGCCAGCUCGGUGCUGAUCUCUGGCGAACGGGACGGCGGGCGCUGGGGCACGGCGCACCCGAGCAUCGUGCCGUACAAGGGCUUCAAGACGCGCGACGGCGACAUCAUGCUGGGCGGCGGCAACGACCGCCUGUUCGGCAUCAUCUGCGACAAGCUGGGCCGGCCCGAGUGGAAGACCGACCCGCGGUUCGUGACCAACGACGUGCGCGUCCAGCACCGCGCCGUUCUCGAGGACAUGAUCGAGCAGAUCACCCGCACCCGCACCACCAAGGAGUGGCUCGCCGUGCUCGAGGGCAGCGGCAUGCCCUACGCCGCCAUCAACGACGUCAAGGACACCCUCGACCACGCCCACGUCCGCGCCCGCGGCAUGGUCGCCGACCUCGACCACCCGGCCUGCGGCUCCGUCAAGGUCGUCAGCCACCCGGUCAAGUACUCCGAGACGGCCGCCGGGCCCCGGACGGCUCCGCCCACGCUGGGCCAGCACACCGACUUCGUGCUGCGGGACCUGCUCAACAAGGAGGACGGGGAGAUUGAGGCGCUGAGACAGGCGGGUGUCGUGGCGUAG